AUGCUCAUACGGCAUGUUUCAACUGUUAUAACAUCCUGCUGUGCGGGUGUGUAUAUUGGUUAUAAGUAUAAAGAAAAUGUAGCUUCUGUUAAACACUACUUUCUUUCAAAUAUUUAUGCGAAAAGUGCACCACCGUCUACGAAUGAUUCACUUGUAAACUCAGAAAACAAUGUGAAUAUCCCCUUUCAAAGCGAAUCGAGCAAAAGUAAGGUCGUCAGUAACGCAGGUCAAAUAGUAAAAUAUGGAUUUCCUAGUACAGACAAUCUCAGGUCUUACGAAGAUUUUAUGUUGUCUUAUGAUCGGAGAACAAGGACUGCUAGUUGGGUGCUGGAACAUUUAACUCCAGAAAAAGUGAACCGUGUUGAUGGAGUUGAAAGGUCAAAAUUGAAAUUUCUAGAGGAUGAAUCCAUUCAUGGUUACCAUAGAGCCACAAAUAAAGAUUAUUUAGGAAGUGGCUAUGAUAGAGGCCACUUAGCUGCCGCAGCCAAUCACAGACAAUCAUUAAAUGCCAUGAGCCAGACAUUUCUGCUUUCCAAUAUAGCACCUCAGGUCGGAGCAGGAUUCAAUAGAGAUUCAUGGAAUUCUUUAGAGAAGUAUGUUCGGGCUUUAGCCAGGAAGAACAAGAAUGUUUAUGUUUGUACUGGUCCUUUGUUUUUACCCAGAAAAGAGGCAGAUGGCAAACUCUAUGUCAGAUAUGAAGUGAUUGGGGAGAAUCACGUAGCAGUGCCCACACAUUUUUUCAAGGUCUUAGUUGUAGAAAAUAGCCAGGGCCAGUUUGAGCUGCAAUCUUAUGUAAUGCCGAAUCAGCCUUUACCUGAAGUUCGACUACAGAACUAUUUGGUUCCACUAGAAGUCAUUGAGAGAGCUGCUGGUUUACUCUUCUUCCAAAAUAUUCCCAAAAAAAUGUUUACAAAAAUUAAUGCCAGACAGACUCCUUAGAAUCUAGUAAAUGAGACUGAUAUGUUUGAUUAAAUUGUUAAUUAGC